CAAAAAACUCAAAGUGUUUGUGUUUAUUCAAGAAAGAAAAAGUGUACUUUGUUUUUUUGCUUUCUUCUGCCUAUUGCACUAGCGAAAAAUUGAAAAUGGUGUUUCUCAAUUCGCGACCGAAAAUAUAUCGGCACACUCGGAUUUUUUUGAUCGCAAUAUUGGCAGCAGUUUCAUUGCGCCUCGGAGCGCCUUAUCAAGCCUCGGCCGCUUACUUUGGCCGCGGAGCGGGCUCCUUGAGUGGAGAGCGAGUGGACGCGCCGUACGGAAACAAUUCUCCGUGGGUGAGUUUGACCAGCAGCUUCGAAGCCAGUCGCCACGCGGCGGAACCAGUCCGGCCAACGAACUCAACAAAGAAGGCCGAGGUCUUGCACACCCUUGGAGAGCUAGGUGGCUUGGGAGCCAACCAGCCGCGACCCACAAAAAGUGUUCGCUUCAUAGAGCGGGCGAAUGAGCGAAGCAGGACAAGAGGUAGUACAAGCAGCAAAGGAAACGGGUCGAUCACGAGUAGAACAUUCGAAAAUAAGCGAGCCCGCAGUUCGUCGGACGAAACGACGCAGGAAGGCAGCGUUUGCGGUAGUUCUGGGUCGUCUUGGGACGGCGGAAAUAAUGGUGACAUUGCAGCAGACCUCGAUCGUGAAACUGAAUAUGAAAAACGCAUGCGAGAGAUCCAACAAGGCGCAAAUUCCAGCGGUAGCUGCCUUGGAAUCGACAGUUGCCGGGCGGCGCUUUCUCUCGUGUUUCCCUCCAGCAGUGGCGGAAGGCCUGCAAAUGCUGCCGCGGCGCAAGAACAGCAGCUGAGUUCGAUACAUUCUCCCCGCGGGCCCCGGCAGCGCCCCUCGCUCCGGAGUCUCAGCGUCGAACCACAACCAGAGGAGAGACGAUGGCGAGCGCAGGAGCUGCAGGGUCCUGUCGGAACUCCGGGUAAAGAUAGUAGGGUGCCAUCAAAAUCAAAUGCGCAAGUCGCAUUAUCCGAAAGAGUGGAGGAGCAAGCUAUCCUCCCCUCGUUUUCGGAUUCGCUCCUGGCCUUCGUGGCGCAGCGGACGGCCCUAGCGACGCCACCGACCUCACCUGCCGGCCACUCAACAGAAGACGCUCAAGUGGCGCCAACAUCUACUUUUCGAGAGUUGCAUCGGUCUGGCGCGUUUCCCCGGUUCAGGGGCGCGAACGCACAUGUCAACACCACGCCGAACGACAAAGACGACUCAGAUGUUGACAGUGAAUACUAUCGGCGGGUGUAUAUCAACAUCUACAACCGCGAAGCCGCUUGCCACGAACCUCCUCCGGGGCAGUAUAUUCCUGGUCACAGAAGUCCGGCGUCCUCCGCGCACCAAAUGUACACGUCUGCGCAAAACGACAGCGAGCCGGAGGAGGUGGUCAUUCCGAAGCCCUGCAGGACCACCACCCCACCAACCGACGCGACCCUGAAACCGCAGAAGCAAGGCACGACGACCCUGGCGGACUUGAUGUGCGAGUCGAUUGUCGGUCCUCCGUGCCUGUUUUCGCGCACCGCCACUUCCCCCCGGGGCUCUCCGCCCGUCCGAAAUUUGAUCGCGCCGAGCAACGGGUGCGCGAAGGCGCUGGCUUUUGCGUACCAUUCUGCGAUCCAGGUAGACGGCGACAAGGAGAUGUUUUUCGGCGCCGGCGGCCUUUCGGACUGGCGGGAGCCCCUGUGGAGGCGGAACAAGAUGAAGAGGCUGACCGCACUGCCAAAGUACUUUCCGGCGCCGAGUGCGAACGUGUUUGUGCAGGUCGAUGUGGGGAUGCUGCCGCACAAUCAAGUGACGAGGACGCUGGAGGCGAUGCGCAACUUGGCGGAGCAGGGAAUCGACUGGACGUACGACAAGUACGAUCUCCUGUCGAAAAACUGCAACCACUUUACCGUCGCGUUCUUAGAAAAUCUGUUUGCCGCACUGCAGGACGCCGCAUCCGGUUCGGGCGCCGCGCAAGAGGAUGCAGUAGAUACUCUAUCCCAGGCGGAUCGAACUAGAGGUACUAGGCCUUCACCGCCCCGAUUAAGGUCGUCAAGGAGGAGCAGUAGCAAAGAUGGGGACAGCACAAGCACAGGCACAGGCACAGGCACAGGCACAGCAGCAUCUUCACGACUGGUAGUAUCAGCCGCCAGCACCGCUGAGCUGGAUCGGACGAUGUUUCCUUUGGUUGCCAGGACCAAAGAGGAGGACCUGUAUAACCGAGGAAGUGGGCUCCGCCGUUUUGGUGAUAGUUGCAGCAACCAUGAACAACCAUUGUCGUUGUACACGAGAACGGCGUCUGCAGAAAGCGCAAGGCGUUCAGGAGGAAAGCGCCGCGAAGGAGAAAACUGCUCGUCGACUACUUCUGCGGGUUUGUUCUCGGUCGUCGGCUGGCCGUUCGCCGCGGAAGAUGUUGAGGAAGUGGAGCCAGGACUGCCCGGCGGUGCUGUGGACCUCGGUACGAGGUUCGGCAGGAGCGACGUCAGAUCAACGUCACGUCGAGCCACUACAGCUACCCCGGCCGAAAUCGGGAAGCACCACUUCUGCCAGCGAGGCCGAGAAGCCUCGGAAGAAGUAGGCGGGAACAAGCGCACCGAGGUUACUGAAGUAGACGAUGCCAAUCCGCUCGAGAAAAACAGGCUCGUGUGUGGUUCUGUAGAAGGAGGUGGACGAGGACCAUGCGCCAGCUCGACGGCUUUGGAGGUAGACCCGGACAACCAGUUGUAUUAUUUUGAUGCGCUUUCGGGACGCGAUUUGAAGUUUAUACUCACGGGGUUCACGGAUUGCUUGCAAAAACAAGCACCGUUCGCGUACCGGUUCGCAGGCGUGUGUGUGAACAUGUUUCAGACAGCGGAAGAUUUCUGGAUGCUCAUGUGCGGUGGUUUUUCUUUAUCUAGCGCCGGAAACAGCACGACCCACCAGCAAGGAGUUGUUGCUGACGCUCUGGGUUCCCCAAGAAGCGCGUCAAUAUGAGUUUGGCGAUUAAGCAAGAGGAACACUAGAAGAAAAUGCCACUGCGAUCUCGUCAUGCGAAAAGGAUGCCUGCGACUGCGUCUGCCAGUGCCGCCGCGUCUUCGACAAGGAAUCUGCAUGACCGAAAAGUAAAGGGUGUGUGUGUGUCUGGUGUACGUCAUACAUAGAGUGAAAAACAUUUCUGGCAGUCUCUAGUUAGGAAAAGUAUCAAAUUGAAGAAUGUUGUGACGACAACAUUGAUGUAUUUUCUGAUUCUGUCGCCAGUCAGUCAGAGAAAUGUUGAAGAAAUUGCGUUUACAUAAGUAUACACAGUGAAAAUUCUACCUGUUCAGCGUACGAGCGUACAACAGAGUGUUUCAUCGUUCCAGAACAAACUGAGCCAAGGUCUGUCAUUCGGAAGAGGUAGGCGUUUAUAACGCUUUUCCACCGAUUCAGAU